CGGUAUUUUUUCCCGCUGUCGCCGGCUUGCUGUCACAUUUUGAAGAGGUCAGCGACUUAAUUGCCUCAAUUUCAAAAAUCUUGUCGGUGUUUUGUGCUCCCAGCGUCCAUUUCCAUUACUUUGUUUCAUUUUAUACUAAAAAUAAUAAAACAACAUGUUUGAAGCACGUUUACUCCGAAGCUCCAUUUUGAAGAAAGUCCUGGAAGCCAUCAAGGAUCUCCUUACUCAAGCCACAUUUGACUGUGACGAUAAUGGAAUUCAAUUACAGGCCAUGGACAACUCCCAUGUUUCUUUAGUGUCUCUCUCACUCAGGGCAGAUGGCUUCGACAAGUACAGGUGUGACAGGAAUAUAUCCAUGGGAAUGAACUUGGGAAGUAUGUCAAAAAUCCUGAAAUGUGCGGGUGACAAGGAUACAGUGACAAUGAAGGCGCAGGACAACGCUGACACUGUAACAUUUGUGUUUGAGAGCCCCAACCAGGAGAAGGUCUCAGAUUAUGAAAUGAAACUCAUGAAUUUAGAUUUAGAGCAUUUGAGAAUCCCAGAAACUGAAUACAGUUGCACAAUCCGCAUGCCCAGUGCAGAGUUUGCUCGUAUCUGCAGAGAUCUGUCACAAUUUGGAGAAUCCAUGGUCAUAUCUUGCACAAAGGAGGGAGUGAAAUUCUCAGCAAGUGGGGACAUUGGUUCAGCUAAUGUGAAGCUUGCACAAACUGCCUCCAUUGACAAGGAAGACGAGGCAGUUAUCAUUGAGAUGGAUGAGCCUGUUACACUCACUUUCGCCUGCCAGUAUCUCAACUAUUUCACUAAAGCUACUUCCUUGAGUCCACAGGUGCAAUUAUCGAUGUCCGCCGACGUGCCCCUUGUGGUGGAGUAUCGCAUUCCAGACAUUGGUCACAUUCGCUAUUACUUGGCGCCUAAAAUCGAAGAAGACGAUAACUAAAAUAACUAGUAUUCCGUACCGUUGUGCCUAUCAUGUUACUUUUGUAUAACAAUUAAAUUGUGGUUAAGAUAAUAAAACUAUUUUUUAAU